AUGGCAGAAUGCUUCAACAUUGAUCCUCACUAUAAGGUAAUUAAAACUCAGGGACCAAAAAUAAUGCAGAGCUAUUUGAAGAAACUAAAGCAUGAGAAGAAAGUCGUAUGGUUCCUUUCAAAAUUCACAAAACGAUGGUUUGUGCUCGAUUUAAUUCAUGGAGUUUUUUAUUACACCCAGAGUCACUCCAAUGCUAUACCAGAAAAAUCAUAUAAAAUAGCUGAAAUAGUUGGUUUUGAGCCAAACCCGAAGACUAAAGACAAAUGUGACUUUAAUUAUCCUUUGGAAAUGGUUACAACUGAUAGGGUAUUUAUAUUAUAUGCAGAAAACAAAAAAGUACAUGAUGAUUGAUGCAAAGUAUUAAGAUCGCUAUUUGUACCAGUUGAUCCGGAUUUAAGAAGAAAAUGUGACUAUGUUAAAUCUCGAACUUGAAAGAAAAGUCUUUCCUAUUCUGGACCAGUUGAAACGUCUCAGGUGAAACCUGCAGUUUCAUUAUACAGCCGUGCUCCUUCGUUUUCUAUUGAAGGGGCAGGAGUAUUUGAAAGCAAUGGAGGCAUAAUAAAGUUAGAAAAUGAGCAGCCUGACAAAAUCCCUGAAACUUUUGAGAUAUAAUCAAUUAAUUGAAUUAAUUUAAAAUCAUUUUGCAUUUUUAUUAAUUAAUUUUAUUAACCAGUCCGUAAUCCUCUUCUGCUGGCUCAAAUUCAUCCAAAAUGUAUAGAAGAAGUAGUUACACCUAUUAACCUAACUGAGGAAAACUUAAAUCAGACUCCAAAAAAAAUUUUUUUUGAGGAGGAACCUUCUUUUGAGUGCUUUAAAAUUGACAGAAGCUCUAAUCAAGAUUUAUCUGUGUACACUUCACUUGAUAGGCCUAUUGCUUCAUAUCCUGGGGAAAUAAAUGCAGAUACGCCAAGAGUUUUCGAAAGAUCAUGGAUUAGCAACACAAGUUCAAUUAAUAACGCUAUAUCAAAUAAUCAAGAAGUACAAAAAACUUUCUAUGAUGAGGAAAAAGAAAGAAUAGAUCCCGAUUUUUCUCAAGAUAUGGCCAUUUUGCAAGAUAGCUCUGAAGACAAGAGAGAUAAGGAUUCUGUGCUUAAAUCUAAAGAAAAAGAGAAUAAAAAUAAUGAGGAAGAUAACAAAUUAUUAAUAGCAGAAUUUUGCGAAAAAGACCUCGGGAAGUCUGAAUUGUCUGAGAAACCUAUUGAAGAAGCUUCUAAAGCAAUUUUCAAAGCCUCUGCAAUAGAAGAGCCAGUAUUGUAUCCUAGCUCAAAAGCUAAUAAAUUUAUAUUUCCGGAAAAGUCUGAUGCAGAAAAUGAAGUCUCCAAUACAAUUGCGAAAGAAGAAAAGAGCCAAAAUAGUAAUGAUCUAGUUUUUAAUACCAUAGAAAAAAAUGAAAAAAGGAUUGACAUAGCUGAACAAAACAAGGCUAUUUGUGAAAAAUCAGUAGGUAUUAAAGAGAAUGCUAGGCUUAUCACUGAAAAUGAGCCAAAUUCUGAAAAAUGCUCUUUGGAAGUAGUUCUUUUUUCAGAGCGCAAUCAAAGUUUAAAAGAAAAUAAUUCAUCUUAUUCUGAGCAAGUCUUAGAAGAAAGUAAAGUAAACUCAAAUUUAUAUAAUGUUGACCAAGAACCAACAAAUCUUUUAGCUAUUUCAGACUCUAAUAUUAAGAGCCCUGGUAAUGAAGCUUCUGUAUUCUCGCCCUGCAAAAUGAUUGAUAACUUAUUUUGCAAUACCUCAAAAACAGAAAAUUUAGAUUCGAUGAAGGAAUCCAUUGAGUCUUCCCCUCAAAUUAUUUCCCCAGUCAUAGAAAAUAAUAUUUUGCAAAAAAACUUACUGGAAAAUGAAUUAGAUCUCAAUAAAAACUCAACACUAGAUGGACCUUUAAAAUAUUCAUUUCCUAUAGAACCAAAUCUAGCAGAAUCACCUAUAGAAAUUUCCCAUAGAUGUCGCUGUUUGCCCUUGAUUUGCCCACUGGGGAAAUUUUUUGGUUCGACCAGUACCAUAUGGUUUGGUCAAACCAAGAAAUUUUCCUCAUGGGCGAUUCAAGGGCAAACAGCGCCAUCUAUGGGAAAUUUCUAUAAACUCUCAAAACAAAAAUCAUCUCCAAAGCCCAGUAAUUGUUCUAAUACUGAAAAAUUCAUAAAAUCUCUUGCUAAAUCUUCCAAAAAAAGAAUUUCUCCAGAUAAACUUAUUAACAUUCCUUCAAAUCUUGAAUAUCAAACGAUCAACCUGUUAGAGAUUACAAAGCAAAAAUUAGAUACAUCAAAAAAUGCAGAAAAGAAUACAAAUUACGAGAACGCUCAAGUUACCGCUAUUUCGGCUGAACUUAGUAAAAUGGAAAAUAACCCUCUCCCAACUAUUUUAAAGCACUCUAACGACAAACAUCCUUCAAGAAAUUCUUUAUUCAAAAAUAAAGAAGCCCCUGAUUCGCCAUCAGAAAUUUACCAGCAAAACUAUUUUACUCGUCUCAGCAAAAUUAAAAGCCUGCAACGAUCAAGCUCAAACCCUCGAAAAUCAACAGGCGGAAUGACAACUUUUUCAAGUCAAGAUUUAUAUAAGAGCAGCAAUGAAACCGCAAGGACCUCACUAAAAGACUCAUUAAAUUGCUAUUUACAAAGAAGAAGCAAAACUCCUUUAAAAGAAAAAAGGAGGAAUGGAAUUUCGCGAUAUGAAAAAAACGAGAUGGAAGAGCCAAGGUUCAGCAUCACUGAAUUCCAAUUCAAAGGAGUUUUGCCAGGAGAAUAUACAGAUAGGACUGGAAAUGAUGACGAAUCGCCUAUAUUAUCUUGUAUGAAAAAUUCUUCGAAGAGGAGAGAAAAGUCAAAGACUCUUAGUGUAGGAAAUGAGAUUAGAGCAGAAAUUUUUUCGUUGCAGACAAGAUUAACUGAGCUUAACCAAGACCACAAUAAUACUCAGAAUGACAGAAUUUUGAAGAAAAGCACCACUUAUAAGCAGCCAUUGAGGAAUCCGCUGUAUGAUCCAAAAUAUACUGAUCGAAAAGAACAGCUUAUGAAUGAAAUUUCACAACCAGUUUUAAGACUUAGUCAAACCCAGUCUAGGCUAAAGGUAAAUCGACUGCUUUCGCUUACGAAAACAGCCAGAGAUGAGAAGCCUUUAUUGAAGCAAUGUGUGCAUAAUAAUUAA